AUGAGGAGUAAACAAGACAGAGGGCACCUCGGUGGUGUCCGCCGUGUGUGCUCAGCUGCAGCCCGCCGUAUAUAUACCGCGGCCCCAGCAGCACCGGCACAGCUCACCACCACCACCGCCACCAUGAGGACCGCUACACUGAUACUGGUAAUUGCCUGCAUUGGUUACACGACAGGAUUUGGUGCGAUAAAUUCCCCGUGCGGGGUUAGUUUUACAGGUGGCGUGAAAAUUGGAUACCAAUCUGAUCUACCUUAUGAUCCGAUAUCUGCUUCUCAAUGCCCGGAUGGCAGUAGCUCACCACAGUCAUCAAUUACCAAUACCUCUUUGACUAAAAUGACGUCAGCGCCACCAGUUAACGUCACCUCGGUGUCACCCGAUCCUGCUUCAUCCCCGGUCAACUCGACCUCGUCACCAGUUAACGUCACCUCGGUGUCACCCGAUCCUGCUUCAUCCCCGGUCAACUCGACCUCGUCACCAGUUAACGUCACCUCGGUGUCACCCGAUCCUGCUUCAUCCCCGGUCAACUCGACCUCGUCACCAGUUAACGUCACCUCGGUGUCACCCGAUCCUGCUUCAUCCCCGGUCAACAUGACCUCGUCACCAGUUAACGUCACCUCGGUGUCACCCGAUCCUGCUUCAUCCCCGGUCAACUCGACCUCGUCACCAGUUAACGUCACCUCGGUGUCACCCGAUCCUGCUUCAUCCCCGGUCAACUCGACCUCGUCACCAGUUAACGUCACCUCGGUGUCACCCGAUCCUGCUUCAUCCCCGGUCAACAUGACCUCGGUGAACGGGACCCCGUACAACUCGACGUCGCCGUCAAAUAACACGACGGCCUAG